AUGAAGAAGAAUGACAACAAUCAAGUCGUCACAGAGCAAUCUCACAAACUCAGAAGACCCAAAUCCCGCGAAGUAAGCUCGCGGUUUAUGUCAUCACCAACUUCAGCCACUUCGCUCGAAACCACCACCAACCUCCCAUCUCCAAACCAAGCCAUCUCUCCAGUCCGGCGCAAAUCCGGUUCGCCUUUCAACGAAACCCGAAAACCCAAAACCCAGCUCGAUGACUUGGGCCCCAUCCGAGGACUAUGGCCCUCUUCAACUUCAUCAUCAAACAAGAAGCUCGACACUCUAGCCGAUCACCUUGGAAACGACAGGCUCAAAGAUCAUAUCGAGACUAAAAAUUCAAACUUUGGUAGGCAGAGAAGCCGCAGAGAAGUGGGUUUGCUCGAGAAUGAAAAGGAGAAAGAGAGAGAAAGCGCCAAGGAAAAUCACAAACCCAUCAUUGGUGGGGCGAUGAGAUACCCGAGAAACUUCAAGUUUCUGGGAAAAUCUACUUCCCCUUCUUCUUCGUCGUCUUCGAGUAAGUUUUCGAGUAAUUCGAAUGUGGUUGUUCCUAGGAGAUUUUCAGUCGACGAAAAUGCUCUGUAUCAGAAACCAUCUCGGCGAAUUUCGGAUGGUUUGUCCGAUACUCUUGAUUCGGGAUCGGAGUGCAGUGAUGGCUGUUCAGGCCAGACUGUUGGGUCUCCAAAUGCGGGUUCAAGUUCGAGAAAAUUGGGCAUGGGGGUUUCUUCAAAGUACACGAAUGAGGUACCUUUAAGGCAUCGAAGAGGGACAUCGGAUUCUAAUCUCCCGAUAUCAGGAGAUAAGUCUCCGAAGUUGAACAAAUUCACCAUUAAAAAUGUGAUCAGGAGAGCUCAUUCGCUGACGGGGGCGACGACACAAUGGGCAUUGUCGCCGGGAAGAACAGGGUCGCCGACGAUGUCUGUCGAGAACAUGGGCGUACCAAUGUCGUUUUCGAGCUUGAAGCCUCCUACUAGUCCCUCAAAAACCAAGGGGGUGGAGAAGUUGCUCAACUUGGGGUUGGACUUGUUCAAGAGUAAGAAAUCUUCUUCGUCUAGCUCAGUGCUGGUAAGGUCUAAUUCGGUUUCUUCGGCGCCAAGUAUGACGGAGAUGGGUCAUCAACUUCGGUUGCUUCACAACAGAUUGAUGCAGUGGCGAUAUGCCAAUGCUAGAGCUUAUGUUGUGGAUGAGAAGAUAGCUAAUCAAGCACAGUCCAAUGUUAUAUAUGCUUGGGAUAGUCUUAUAAAGUUGCGACAUUCCGUGCUACAGAAGAAACUGAAGUUAGAGAAAGAAAAGCUUGACCUGAAGCUGAAUUCUAUACUCCGAUCUCAACUUAAGCCAUUGGAGUCUUGGGGAGAUAUGGAAUGGCAACACAUGGCAGCAUUUUCCAUGAUGAAAGAGUGCUUAUAUUCUGUUGUCUGCAGAGUACCCCUCAUUGAGGGUGCAGAGGUGGAUACUCAAUUGGCUGCUUUUGCUAUUCGACAUGCUUCCGAUCUCACAGCUUCCAUGAAGUUGUUGCUAGCUACUUUCUCACCUCUGGCAGAGCAGACUUUUCCUUUACUGUCUGAAUUAGCAAAGGUCGUUGCACAAGAAAAAUUGCUUUUAGAGGAGUGUCUUGAGCUUUCCAAGACCAUAUCGACGCUUGAGAGUCAGGAGAGGAGUUUGAAGUGUAGUAUUAUUCAACUGGAAUUGUGGAAACAGGAGAAAAUUAAGCAGCAACAACUAAACAAGAAGAUAUAA